ACUUGAAGUUGCUCAAUGACCCUAUCGCCCUGCGCUGGAGCAUCCAACUCGGCAGAUUCACCCGCCACCAUCCCAUAGGCCCUUGUCACCGGGGGUAUGCUCGAUAUGUCCGAUGACGAAUCUGUGGGCAUGUCGCCAGAGGAACAUGGCUCGCCGUCUGAGAGUGUCAAGUCCUCGGCGCAGGCCUUCAGCAAGGACGGGUUCGAGGAUGUUUCUGGUGCGCAAGGCGAAUCUGCGGAUGCCCCGAGCAUGCCUAUGCAGAAACGCCGCAGGGUGACGAGAGCAUGCGAUGAAUGCCGCCGGAAGAAAAUCAAGUGUGAUGGGAAGCAACCGUGUACACACUGCUCCGUGUAUAGCUAUGAAUGCACGUACGACAAGCCGUCCAACAGGCGGAGAAAUCCAGCCCCGCAGUACAUCGAAGCCUUGGAAGCGAAGCUGCAGCGAGCCGAGACUCUUCUGCGCAAGUUCAUGCCGGAUGUUGACCUCAGCGACCCAAAUCUGGACCCGGCAGUCCAGCAAGAGUUCCGCAUCAGAGAGCAGGCGAGAGCCCGGGCGAUGGAGCCAAAGCCCGAGGCAGCCAAGGAGCAGCAAGACAAGCAAGAUGCGCAAAUCAUGUCCAUGAUCGAGAGCAUUGGCCAGCUCGAGCUCAGGGAAGGCGGGGAAUGGGACUUUUACGGCAACUCGUCGGGCGCCGUCUUCCUUAGACGCAUGAAGGAGCAUUUCAAAGGCCUGUUGGCUAACGAGUACCGCAUCCCUUUCUUGCCGAGACCCGCCCUACCAACCGGCAUGUUCAGUCUCGACUCGCCCAGAUCGAGCGCCGGCUCGCCAUGGGACGCUCCAGUCCUGCCGAACAUCUAUGACCUUCCGCCCUUGGACAAGGUCCGCACGCUCUGCUAUUACUCUCUGGACUGUGCCACGUGUCUUAUGCGCGUGGUGCAUCAGCCUUCCUUUUACGCAAAGGUCGACAGACUGUACGCGAGCCCUCAAGAAUCAUGGGGCAACGAGGAACACAGGUUUCUAGGUCUCCUGUACUCGAUCAUGGCCCUCGGCUGUGUAUACAAUGUUGCACAGGAGUCAUCGGAACCGUCAGCGACGUACAAGUCUGCAGUGGAAGAAGGCAUGAAGUACUACACAGCCGCUCGACUGAUCCUUCAAGAUGUUGCCGAGUGUCGGGACAUGGCUUCUUUACAAGGGCUCUUGUAUAUGAUACUAUUUCUGCAGGCCACAUCAAACAUCAGCGGCUGCUAUGCGUUUCUGGGUAUCGCUCUUCGAUCCUGUCUGAGGAUGGGUCUGCAUCGCCAUCUAUCUCACGCCAAAAUCACACCAAUCGAGGAUGAGACUAGGCGCCGGACAUUCCAUACCAUCCGUCAAAUGGACUUCUACGUGUCAGCCAUCUUAGGGUUUCCCCUCCUGCUCCACGAUGAGGAUAUAGACCAGCCCCUGCCCACCGAGGUCGACGAUGAAUACAUCACGGAAGACGCCAUCCUUACACCCCCUCCCGGCACACCAUCCUUUUUCCAAGCCUUCAAUGCGCACACCAAGCUCAUGGGGAUCCUUGCCAGGGUAGUGAGAGAGAUAUACCCGCUCAAGAGGUUGGGCGAGGUUACAAAGGAAGGCGGGUCAAAUGCGACCUUUAUGAUCAGCUAUUCUCGGAUUCAAGAAAUCGAAAGAGAACUUCAAGAAUGGUCUGAGCAACUUCCCAUUCACUGGCGGCCGAGUCCUGACGGCCCCAUUGAAGUUGUCCGCGUCCGGACACUCCUGAGGUUUGGAUACGCACAUGUCCAGAUGAUGCUCUACAGGCCGUUCCUUCACUACAUCUCGCCGCGCUUGACGGCUGGAAAGAAGAUAGAUGACCGUUACUACAAUUGCGCAGCCGCAGGAAUUAGCGUCUCUCGCAACAUCGUCCACAUUGGCAUCGAAAUACAAAAGCAAGCGGUUCUGAUUGGACCCUAUUGGUUCAUUCUGUACACUGAGUUUUUCGCCAUCCUUUCGCUCAUAUUCUAUGUUCUUGAAAAUCCCGACAAGCCAGGGUCUUCUGAGAUAUUGGCGGACGCCAGAGCAGGCAGGGAAGUCAUCGCGACCCUUGCGGACCGGAGCCUGGCGGCCGACCGUAUUACAAACGCUCUUAAGCUGCCGGAACGCUUGAAAAACUCUACGGCCCGACCAACACCAACCAAGAAGCGAUCAGCUCCAGUUCCGUCUCAGGGACCCAAGACAGGCACCAUGCCAUUGCCGAGUCGUCCUAGCCUGCAGGACGCGGUGCCACAACGUAGGUCGGACGAGAUGGUUCGCCCGCAGGUCGGGCUACACAGGCAAGAACCGCGAGGCCCUCCUCAGAGGACCGCGUCUUUCGACACGGUGAGAUUCCAUCACGGCAGUCUGGCGGAACAAAGCUUUACAAACUUUCAGGACCUUUUCCCCAUGGACAUGACUGUACCGGGAAUCAGUCCAGAGCCUUCUAGCGCGCAAGGCGGGGCUGUUCACGGGCAUGCUCAAGGUUUCCAGCAGGGCCAACAGCCCGGUGUGCCAAUCAGCUCACUGUACAAGCUGAACGCUAUGAUGUUCCCAUCGGGAGAUCCCUUCGCCUACCCAAACCAACCGUUGAUGGACCACAGCGGCCAUCAUCCGGGCAGCCAAAUGGCCCAGCCUGGAGUGGGCCAGUCCCCAGGCAUGCAAUUCUACAUGCCGACCAUGUACGAUGGCAUCGAAGGUCAGCUGCUUGAGCCCAUCCCGUCGUACCUCAUUCAUCAAGGUCAGGGUCAGGGGCUAGGCCAGGGCCAGCACGACGGACUAGACCCGGCAGCCCAUAUGUACAACACAUCCAGCAUGCUCGCAAUGCAGUCGGAGCAUGGCAGCCACAGGCACCAACAUCAACAACAUCAGCACCAUCACAUGACGCAACCUCAGCAGCAGCAGCAGCAGCAGCAGCAGCAGCAGCAGCAGCGAGGUAACAUGGAGGAUAUGAUGACUGACGCAAGCUUCCCCGACUGGGAUGAUAUCCUGAGCCACUCGGGCUCUCGGUAGAGGCAUUCCCUCCUAUGGCCUGUGGGAUGGCGGCAUGGAUUACCCAGUUGCCGUUCACAGUUCCAUACGUGGAAAACCUCAUAUACCCCUUUUCUCGGCGUCUAGGCGCCAGGUUUUUGGAGCCGGCAGACGCGAGGGUCGCUCAGUUGGAGGGAACCGGGGCGUUUGGGCCGGAAUUUUUACGAUGUCCGAGUGUGCAGGCUGAACUGGGACAGUAAACGGAGUGCCU